GCCAAACAUUAUUUAGAUAGGGUUGUAGCAAAGUGGCUCGGUCGUAUUUCACGGGAACUCUAAGCCGACGAUUACUUUGCUCCGAACUACUAUCUAAUCGAAUCAGAUGUUUGGGUGAAGACUCUAACUGACCAACUGAUGACUCGGUAUUUGCACAUGUUUUCCCCUUUUUUUCUUGAUUGUUUGAGCUUGAAUUAUCGUGUCUUUGGCCUAUUUUACGCUAGGUUGUGUUCCUUUGUCACAUUUCAGGUCCUAGCACAUAAAGUGAAGCAUAGGCGCAAGUUUCAAGUCAAUCAGAGAUCAAUUGACGAUUCGGGAGAAGAAACUCGGGUAUGACCUGAAGAAGAAUGGAUUUCUACCUCACUUUAUGGACAAAGAAUCAGGCAAGCUUGUCAUGAAAAGAAAGAGGACGAGACUACGAGCGUCUGGGAUCAAACGGCGACUGAUUCGGAGUCCGGACGAAGGAGAAACGAAGCAUUAAACAGAGGCUGAGCAAGCCACACGGGCACGACCCACACGGCCGUGUGAACUGGCCAUGUGGCCGUGUGGAAAUCACCGAGCCUUCACACGGGCAGUUGAGAAAGCCACACGGCCGUGUGGCCUGGCCGUGUGAGUCGGGAAUUGCUGUUUAAAACCCGAUUUUCAGCAAAAGGAAAGAGGGAGAGCUGGGUUUUGGAUCCCAAACACCCAAGGGACGAACCCUAGAGAGAGAAAGCGACUUGGGAACAUUCCUGGAGCUAUUUCGGAGGAUUUCUUCGCCAUUGGAGCUCGGGAAUCAAGCUUGGAGAUGGAGAUUGAAGAUCUAGAUCAGAUUUCUGCAGUCUCUCUCUUCUCUAUGGAGUAACUUCCCUUCACUUAGGUUUUGAGGAACCUUAGUUCCAUGAGUUAGGAUCUUUCUUGUAUGAAGUUUUGGAUGCUAUAUUGUUUGAUUAUAAUCGUAUGAUGCAUGUUUAUUGAGUCAAUUGAAGUCUGAUCAACUUUUCCUGAUUCCUGCUGCAAUCUGAGAUAGAUAGAAUCUGAUUAGGUUGCUAGAGUCUCAUCAUUCGGUAGUAGGAGAUUGGCUAUACGAGAGUUAGCCAGUUUACUGCUUUGUACUGGAAUCCAAUUCCAGUAGUGGAGUUCUGUGCUUAUUGCUUCAGCUUUCUAUCCCGGUGAAGACUAGUCGUCUGCCGGAUAGUUAGACUGAGAGGGUUUGGUCAGCUUAAGAGAUUCCAAACUACUGUCGGAUCUUCCGCAGUUUAAUCAACAGUAAAUCAACCAAAAGGAAUUACAACUUGGACCUAAUUGAGGAGCUAGGGGGAAUCAUACCUAAGUGAGUUCCCAAACUGUAAUUAGUAGUUUUACUUAGUUUAGUUAGUAGAGUAGUUUAGUUAAUCAAUCCUUAAUCUAGUUUGCUAGAUAAUGAACUGAAGCUGAGUAAUAGUAACUCUAGAGACCUUUGGAUUCGAUAUUUAUUACUUGUGCCACUAUACUGCAGUCCCUUUCAUUGGUUACACUUGGCCAUUGUUAGGUGUUGUGUUUUAGAGCAUCAAGUUUUUGGCGCCGUUGCCGGGGACUUUCUAGAGUAUUAGGAAAGGCAGAAGUUUGUUACUUUAGCGUUUUUCUUUUCUUUUCUUUUCCACCCUUGCUUUGCACUUGGGUGUUUUUGUUUUUGUUGGUGCAGAUCUGAAUCAUGGAUCCUAAUGGCUUCUCCAAUCAUUGGGGGUAUCCACCACCAUCCGGGUGGUAUUACCCCGCGACUCCCUAUAGCAAUCAAGGAGGAGAAGACUAUGGAUUCGGGUUCCAGUACCAACCCCCUUACUACGGAGAACAAUCAGACCCCUGGGCAUAUCAAGAACAACCUCAUUACCAAGAAGACUUUCUCCCACAACCAGAAGGGCCAUCGGAGCUGGAGUUACCCAUGGCGGCCUUCACGGGCCACUCUGCAGAGCCAUGCUACACUUCACUGGAGGAUCCGAACGAACAAUUAAGGCUUCUCGUGGAGCAGUUUGCUCGAGACACUGAGAAAUCAUGCUCCAAGAUGGAUCUUCAAAUCAAAGCCCUUGCCACUUCCGAUCCCUCAUUUCUCCAUGAUAUGGAGGAGACUGUUCAGCGCUCAGCAAAGCAAACAGAGUGGGUGAAGCAAGUUUGCUCACAUCUUGCUCAAGAUCACCUUUCUGCUACCACGCUAGAAGAGGUGGAGGAUGACAAAGGCUAUGGGAGCGUUGAGGAGCAUACAGAAGUUAUCACAGAGAACUCCCAUGAUAACCAUGAUCAGGAAAGUCCUUUGGUUGCAGACCACACCUUUCCUCAUUUAUGCUCUAACAUGCUGGGCCCGUGCGAGGAGAUGCAAGAUGAUCCCAUUGAAGAAAUUGCUUGGCGACUUGCUCUCCAAUCUGUUCUAGAAGAAGAAGAGCGAGCAAGGAUGAGGAAGGAAGUUGUGGAUGAUGAGGAAGAAAGAAAAGAAGAGGUGGUUCUUGAUCUUUUCCCAGGGGAGAGACCACAUUUUGAAGAAGGAAGGGAGGUUGAGGAAGCAAUUGGCGUCCAGGCUGAGGAUGAAGUUGAGGUGGAAGAGGCAUGCACCGGCCAUGAGUUGCAAGUGAUAUCUCCACCAAACUUCGAGGAACUGCUUAGCAAGGACCCAUUUGCAGUGUCUCUUUGCCAGACCAAGGCCACAUCAACAUCGGUCCCUCUUGGUGGACGCGAUGGUGGCCAAUCGAUGCUGUCUUAUCUGGUUUGGGGCAAUGAGACGAGAGAAGAGAAAAAGAGGUCUCGAGGGUGGAGACUUCAUCUGCAUGAAGUGCACGAGCCUUCAUCACCUGCCACACCACAUGCUCGUGACUUGAGACUCCACCUCAUCGACGAGAACCUCAACUUCAAGGAGGUUCUAGCAUGGACCGAAACUUAGGAGCCAUCGUCCGGCUCACGACGUGAAAGAAGCGCUUGUUGGGAGGCAACCCAACCAGUCGGUUUGCAUUUCUUUCUCUAUUUCUCCUCGGUUGAGUCAGUUUUGUUAUUUGAUUUUAGAGUCAAUAACUCAACCUUUGUGAGAUUUUGUGUGGUGUUUGUGUUCUGAUUACUCUCUCUUCCUGGAAUGCACUGCCUGACCCGUACAUCAUCAUUCACCCUUGAUCUGGUAACUUUGUUCUACCCUCCUUAUUUUUCCUCCAUUGAGGACAAUGUCGUGCUUAAGUGUGGGGGGGUGUUCGAUUAUGUAUGCGGGUGAAUGUUUGGCUGUUUGUGUGCUUGGAGCCUAGUCCACUGUCCAAAUUUUUAAAUUUGAGGGCUCCAAGUACGUGUUUCCUUGCAAAUUGCCUGCUCAGUAUGCUUUGAAUUGACAGUCUCUAUAGUAAUGUGCAACCUAGGGAGGUAGUGUAGCACUAUAGAGGAUGUUGAAGUAUAAGAUUUUUCCUAUCUAGCUCUCUGUUGUGCCAGUUGAUUUUGUGAAUUAGUGGAGUUAAGACCGUUGAAUUCAUGUGGUAAUGGUGACUCUGUUUGGAUUAUGUUAUGGACUCGUGUAUCGAACAGGGUGCUCAUAUGGAAAAUGGGAAGCAGUUGGUCCUCCAUGUCAAAAUCAUUAAAUCUUAAACAUGGGGUAAGCCCAACGUGUGCGGCACCGUUCAUUGCACAAAAUCGGGUUUUGGAAGAGAUUUUAGUGAUCCUUAGUGGGGUACUCCUACAAGGUGAAGCUAAGUUGUCUCUAGUACAAGUAAAACUUCCACCCGUUGAACGGUUUGCCUACUUGAGGAUGUGUUUUUAAGGGCACGGAUAGAGCUUCCGACCCCCCUUAAUUUCAUUGACCCUCCACACGAGUUGAGGAAAAGGAGUUAAAAGAAGUACUCUGGCGAGCUCCAGAUGUACAGAAAUUGCUCUUGCUCGACUAAUAAGGGUCGACCGUGCAAAAGACUGCAGUUGGAACCCCACCAAAUGAAAGAAAAAUUGUAAAUGAAAGUGAGAAAAAGGG